CCAACCUCCAAAUCCUCUUUACAGUUAUAGAUUUGUUGAAGGGCGCUUUACUUACCACCUUCCCACUACCCAACCACCAAUGGGACAUAUAUACGAGACCACAAACGUAGCCAGCUAGCUAGCACCAUCAUGGCGUCCCUUGUGGAAGAUUCUUCAGAACAUGAUGACCUCUCUCUCAAAGGUUUACCAGACAUGGAGGACGAAGACCUUUUCGAGAUCAAUCUCGAGGCCGUUAACAGCAUCCCUCCUCCAUAUUACUGGGACAGCUAUUUCACGGCGACCGGAAAUGCACUUCUUGCCAAUUGUCUGCUCCCCAUAUCCGACGUCUCCGGGGCCGUUCCGAUUCUACCCAAUGAUGUUUCCUGCGCUUUUCCGACCGCAUCAAAAUCAUGCGAAUCGUUUUUGGCAGGGUCGGACAAGUUUGUUACGAUUGCGGAACCGAUGCCCCUUGGUGAACUUCUCAGGUUGCCUUUCUUGGUGGCUUUUGGGGUACCUCGGAGUCGAAUGAAAGCUUAGUGCAAAUAUGCUAUAAAUCAAUCAAUGUGGUGGGCUCUUUUUCUUUUUUGUGAGGUCUAGCGAGCCAUUAACAGGAAGGAACAUUAGCCCCUUUUUUCUGUAACAAUCAUGUUGUUGUAUACGAAAUUCAAAGGUUCCACGAACUCAAUUAGUGUUAAAUGUUAUAGCUUGUUUUA